AUGAACUACUACUGCGAUCGCUGUGCUGAUGGCGGUUGUGGCGACCUUGUUGACGGGAUUUAUGGUUAUUACGUGGACAAUCGCGGUACCAGUGACCAAGCUGAUGGCAAUUGGCGCAUGGCCGCCUCUGCAUCCCGCUUCUCACAGACUGGUGACGCCCUUGGUAAGGCCGAAACCUUCUGCCACGGCGACGUGUAUCCGCCCGGUCCCUGUCACUUCGCUCAUCUACCACUUGUAGUACUCGACUGUCCUGCCGCUGAUCUGGACGAUCGGUAA